AUGGGGGAUUCACAACAUGAAAAUAGCAAAAGAAAGGGCAAAGGUUCUGAGAUCUAUGAAUCUAGGACUAUGGACGAUACCAAUGAGUUGUUACACCUUUUAGUGGAUGCUGUCAAUAGUGGAUUGCGUGAUGCUAAUGGGACACUUAGCAAGCAAAAUGUAGAAAGAGUGAUACUUCCUCGUCUUAAUGCGAAAAUUAGGUUUCCAAAAACUUACAAUCAUUACUUGAGCCGAAUGAAGUGGUUUAAGAAGCAAUCUAACAAGAUGUCUACACUUAUGCGUAACAACUCUGGCUUUGGGUGGGACCCAAUUGCAGAGACGCUCACUCCUAGUGAUGAAGCAUGGAAAGAUUACUUGAAGUCCCACCUAAGUCACAGUAAACUUCAGGAAAGUAGUCUAGUUGAUUAUGAGGAUUUGAAGAUUGUCGUUAGGGGUGGAACUGCUACUGGCAAUGGCUCGAUUGCAUUAGGCAUUGAUGAGACCAAUGCAAGAACUUAUGGGGUUGAAGAAAAUAAAGAUUUAGGGAUGAAAGACUUUCUAGACAAUCUUUCGAGUCAGUUGGGACCAACAGUCAAGCCAAAGUUCUAG